AUGUAUCCUUCUCCGAACUCCGGCGAGCGCUCGGAUGAUGAGCAGCCACAGCCGAGUAAGCGAACCGCAAGGGCUUGUGACGCUUGCUACAAAAGGAAGAUCAAAUGCGACGCUGCAGUACCGAAGUGUAACUGGUGUAGCCAUCACGACUCGCCAUGUACGUUUGAACGUAAGGUUCGAAGAACGCGCAAACGGGUUGUUGGUGGGAAAGAGCUUGCGGCUCCUACUCCAGGGUCUCAGCUUUCUGAACGCAUCGCCAGAAUAGAGAAACUUCUUUCCGAGAAGCUUCCACUAGAGCCUGCAUACUCCCCGGCGCCACCACCGCAGGCUUACUCUCCCAGUCUUCCUCUGGAUUUCACACCGAGUCCGGCGGCUUUGCCACAGGCGUCUGCGUCUUCUUCAGUCCCCCUGCACUUCGCUGGAAAAGAGCUGGGCGCGAUCAGUUUGUUUACCGGAAUACCUUUUAUUCUCCCUGAAGGGCAGGAGUGGGUGCAGUCGCGGACUGGCCAGAAGCUCGCUUUUGACCAGUUCACCUCGAGCCGAGCUCCAUGGGAGAAGCAGCGGGUGCAGAAUACCAACGCCAUGCUAAGGCAACUGCAAGGAUCAAAUGCCCUUGAGCUGCCUAACCGUCACGAUAUUGAACUGGGCUUCAACACUUAUCGCGCGUCUCUCAUGCAGCGUGUCUUUCCUGCCGUUGACCCUGUUCUUUUCUGGAAGACGAUCAAUUCGGCCUACAAGGAACGGCCUUCUGGCUCUGACGGUGCCCACGUUAGCUCCAAAGCAUGCAUUUUUGCUUUUGCGACGUUUGUCUCGGGACUCUGCAACCCAUGCCUUCUAGACACAGGCAGGGUAAUGCCGCGGUUUGAUGAGGAGGCUUGUGCUCUCAAAGCACGAUACCUGUUAAGUCAGAUUCUGCAGGAACCUCCGACAUUAGAUGGAGUACAAACUGUUAUAAUGCUGGGGAUGCUGGAGCUAUUCGCAGGCAAUUUGCAAUCAGCAAAUUACUACGGUUCCGUUUCAGCUCGCAUGUUAUUCAUGCUUGGCGCCCAUACCUUCACCGGUCAACGCUCCUGGUUUCCAGACUCGUUCACGGAUACCGAGAUGCGCGUCAAGGGCCAUCUCCGCAACCUAUUCUGGCUCUGCUAUACCUUAGAGCAGGACGUCUCCCUCAGGACGGGGCAAGCCCAGUUGUUUUCCGAAGACAACUGUGACCUGACCUUACCCCCAAAUUACGUUGAGGAAAUGGAAGCGAGUCUCGAUAUAAAAGACGCCUCCGUCGACUUCCCCCAGAACCCACUCUUCCCAAUCGACCUCCGUCUAGGCGUCAUCAAAUCCCGAGCAUACAGCGCACUCUACUCGUUCAAGGCAAUGAAGAAGACAGACGCAGAGAUCCUAAGGGAUAUCCGCGAACUCGACGACGAACUGGAGCGGUGGCGUCUCUCGUUACCCGUGAGAUGGAGACCAACCCUUUCUUUCUCCCAGGAGAAGCCAGAUCCAAACUGCAACAUGCACUCCGUCAUCCUCCGCCUCAACUACCACCUCUGCAUGACUAUCAUCCACCAGGCAAGCAGCCGCUGCAAAUCCUGGGCGACGCAGGGCUGCGUCAUGGACGGCGUAAGCUCCAGCCUUGCUCUCUCUGUCGAAGCAAGCCGGUCCACGUUACUCUACCUCGAAGCAUCGGGGCACGUCCUUGUCAAUGGUGUUUUCUGGACCCUAAUCUUCUACCCCAUGUCCGCCCUCCUCGCAAUCUUCUGCAACAUCCUUCAGAACCCCGCCGAACCACAAGCUUCCAAGGAUCUAGCCCUGCUGAAAAGCGCAACGGGGAUGCUGGAACGGGUUUUCCUCAGACAGGCGUACUCGGUCAACGAGCUCGUGCACGUUAAGCUGGUUGCAGACUUUGUCAAUGAGUUGUGCAGGCUUGCGAGCUGUGCUAUGGAUAAGGCGUGGAAUGAGCGGACUAGCGGCGCGCCUACGCCGUUGUCUUAG